CGAUUCGGUCACUUUUAGAGGUCAUUUGUUUGUGCUCAAAUGGAGCUGAUUUGCAAAGUUCAAACUUACGACUGGGGCAGCCGUGACCCGAACUGCCACGUGCACAACUUGUCAUGCAAAAAUGACCCUAGCAAACCAGAUGAAAACGUCAGCAAUGGACUUCUGGACCGGCCUCACGCGGAAAUCUGGGUGGGUACCCACGUCAAUGGGCCGUCUGUGAUAAAAGAUAGCGGAAAAUUGCUGUCAGAAUAUAUUUAUGAAAAUCCUGAGAGUAUUGGCAAUAAAACUCAAGAAGAGUUUGGCGUCCAGCUUCCUUACCUGCUGAAAGUUUUGUCUGUCAGUAAACCGCUUUCCAUUCAGGCGCAUCCUCUAAAGUCGCAUGCCAAAGAGCUGCAUGCUAAAUAUCCAGACAUUUACAAAGACCCGAACCACAAGCCUGAAAUGCUGGUCACCCUGUCCAAGUUUCAAAUGCUGCGAGGUUUCCGACCACCAGCAGAUAUCAAAAUCUACCUGCAAUCUGUUCCAGAGCUGCGUGAUGUGCUUGGCGCUGACAGUGCAGACUUUUUGCUCAGUUGCAACUCGAGUCAGGAGCAAGAAGCUCUGAAGCAAGCCUACCGAUCGCUCAUGACUGCUUCAGAUGAGGUAGUCAGCGAUUGUUUGACUAAAAUAUUGUCCAGAGUCAAAACAGCCGAUGAAGCUACCAGAGGUGCUUGCGUGGCUGACCUGCUGGAAAAGCUGUACAGUCACUUUCCUGGGGACGUGGGGUGCCUAAGUGUAUAUUUUUUACAAGACUUUGAGAUGGCACCAGGAGAGGCUGCCUUUCUGCCUGCAAACCUGAUCCAUGCUUACAUUGAAGGAGAGUGUGUUGAAUUGAUGGCCUGCUCCGAUAAUGUCGUGCGAGGAGGACUGACUCCAAAGCUAAAAGACGUGGAAACUUUGUGCUCUAUGCUUGAGUAUGAGCCAGUGGACAGAUCAACUAAUAUGGACGUCGUACAGUUGUCUGAUAACUGCACGAAAUACAUCCCUCACGGAAUUAAAGACUUCUCAAUGCUCUGCUUCAAGUUAAAGAAAGGAGAUCCAGUCUCAACAGUUGCCAGCAAUGGAGGGCCUUCUGUGAUUCUCUCUCUGGGCACUGCAAAGUAUUCUGUGGACAGUAACCCGCCUCAGUCUCUACUUGAAGGGCACGUUGUCUUUGUGCGUGCAGACCAAACCUUCAACAUUUUCCCUGAUCCAGACAAGGAGACGACCACACAGGUUUUUGUGGCUCAGUGCAACUUUUAGUCAGUUAACUAGUGCUGGUGAGUGGGAUUUUAAUUCUGUUAUUUAUUUCUCCUGUUAUAUGUUCCUCAGAUGCCCUUUUUGCAUUUAAUUGUGAUGUGGACUUGGUUUUAAUAAAACACAACAAUCUCUUGUGAUUAUAAAUA